AUGGACGCUUCCAACUCUAUCCUAGAUGCCUUGAUGCUUCAGGUUGAAGUGGAAUCCGGUGCUUCAUCCCAGCCUCCACCGUCGGCAUCAAAACCAACCCUCCUUGAGACUCCGAGCCAUCAGCUGUCGAAAGAAAGCCCUGAAGCCACCCAAGCUGACGACACUGCCACGAGCCAUGGGCUUACACACAUCGCCGAUGAUGGCAGUAUGGAUCUUGAACAUUCUGUCGAUCCCGCGCAGGAUCUAAACAAAAUUCAAAUGCAGGCUGUGGCGCAGGCUAAUGGAGUCUCACACGAUGCAUCUCAAUCAAUAACAAGUGCAAGCCUGCCAGACACAGACAACCCUGAUCGAGUCGCUAAUGGAGAAACUCCCCAGGACACUACCCCUAUGGAGCCAGUAGUCGAAAUGGAAACAGAGCCGGCGACUGGGCAUCGUGGAGCAGAAGGGAAUAUGGGUGCUCCGGUAUUCUUUCCAGCGGCUGUGGACCCGUUAUCCACAGCAGACAGUACAGCGCAACAGGAUGUAAUAAAUCACGCUGAGACAAAUUCCGCGGCUCUGAGGGUGGAUGCUAUUCCGUCAGACAACGCCGGCAUUCCUGAGACGGGUGGCGAUGCCCCGGAGUGGGAGAUUGAUUCUUCGCCGUACGAAUCCUCAGAUUCCGAUUCUUCCUCCGACACCACUUCAUCAGACGACGAUAGUGACGACGAUGCCGAUGGUGACUAUGCUAUGCUGGACCCUGAGGAGGCCGCGCGCAUACUGAUGCAGGGAGACGGAGGUUCAGACGAUGAAGGUGGCAGAUCAAAAGACAAGCCCGAAGGCUCUGGUCUACGAACCGCAAAUGAAAAGUUCGAGGAAGUGAUCCCCAAACCUGAUAUCACUAUUACUGAAGACAUGAAAAUCGAAGAACUUGGGAAUGUCGAGUUCGUCGUGGAGAAUACAAUUGUCAUCAAAGCGAAGACGUCCGGAGAGUACCAAGUCCUGGAGACAGGAUCCCUAAUAUGCUUGAAUGACAGAAGUGUUGUGGGAGUGGUGGCUGAUUUGAUUGGAAGGGUCGAAGAGCCCAGGUACACCAUCCGCUUCACCAACGAGAGGGACAUAGAGGAAGCAGGAGUCUCUAACAUCGGCACUACAGUACACUACGUUCCACAGCACUCGACCUUUGUCUUCACACAACCAUUGAAGAGUGUCAAAGGCAGUGAUGCUUCCAAUUUCCACGACGAGGAAGUCGGUGACGAUGAGAUGGAGUUUUCAGAUGACGAAGCAGAAGCCGAACACAAGCGCCAGAUAAAGCUCCGUAGACAAGGUCGAACUGCAGAAAAUGGCCGAGGCCGCGGUGGUUCAAAAUUCUCGAGGGGCGGUCAUCGUGGCGGUCGUGGUGGACAACAUGGACCGCCCACAAAUUCUGGACCUCGAGAUCUCGAAACACCCCAGAUGAAUUACGAUGAUGUUGCAGAUGGUGCAGAAGACGGCUAUACACCCCUCCAACGGCCAGAUAAUCUAUCCGAAUUGCUCGCAAAUGGACCUCCACCUUUGACACAUCCCUUACCCCCUCCGCCUUCCCUACCAACGAAUAGAAGUGACUUUAACGAUCGCGGAAGGGGCUAUGGCAGAGGAGGCAGAGGAGGUAGAGGAGGGCAGCGGCCACCCCGCGGCCGUGGCGGUUUCAAUCAAGGCAACUCCUCUACCUGGAACCGCCCUAACAAUAUGUCCUACCAAAGCAACGCCAACGGCAACUACCCACAACAAAACGGGACAAUGACACAGAUGCCCCAGCUCAACCUCCCCAACACUCCCUCCAUAUCACCACACAAUGUUACUUACCCUCCAAUGUCACCUUCUCCCAUCACGCCAUUACCACACUCAUCUUUCAACUUCAACGCUUAUCAGCCUGCUGCAAAUUUUGGCUUCUCACAAUCAUCUCAGAACUUUCCGCUCUCAAAUCCCUCCAUUCCCGGAUUAGGUGCGCCACCUUUGCAAAACCUCCACCAUCAAUACAAUACUCAGCAACACAAUCAUCAAGCGCAUUUUCAGAGUCCAAACCCCGCCACUGCUGCACCAGGGCAACCUGGUCUUCAGUCCGGUCCGUGGGCUAACAACCCAGCCUUCGUGGCCGAAUUCCAUAGACAAGUACAGGAGCAAAGAAGGAAUCAGGGACAAGGCCAAUAA